AUGGCCGGCCCUCGCUUACAAGGUUCGUCGCGCGCUGACUGCUGCAGCUCCCCAAGGGCCCGUCGCCCCGCAGCUCCUCAAGGGCCCGUCGCCCCGCAGCUCCUCAAGGGCCCGUCGCCCCGCAGCUCCUCAAGGGCCCGUCGCCCCAGCUCCUCAAGGGCCCGUCGCCCCGCAGCUCCUCAAGGGCCCGUCGCCCCGCAGCUCCUCAAGGGCCCGUCGCCCCGCAGCUCCUCAAGGGCCCGUCGCCCCGCAGCUCCUCAAGGGUCCCGUCGCCCGUCGCCCCGCAGCUCCUCAAGGGCCCGUCGCGCCGCAGCUCCUCAAGGGCCCGUCGCGCCGCAGCUCCUCAAGGGCCCGUCGCGCCGCAGCUCCUCAAGGGCCCGUCGCGCCGCAGCUCCUCAAGGGCCCGUCGCGUCGCAGCUCCUCAAGGGCCCGUCGCCCCGCAGCUCCUCAAGGCCCGUCGCCCCGCAGCUCCUCAAGGGCCCGUCGCCCCGCAGCUCCUCAAGGGCCCGUCGCCCCGCAGCUCCUCAAGGGCCCGUCGCCCCGCAGCUCCUCAAGGGCCCGUCGCCCCGCAGCUCCUCAAGGGCCCGUCGCCCCGCAGCUCCUCAAGGGCCCGUCGCCCCGCAGCUCCUCAAGGGCCCGUCGCCCCGCAGCUCCUCAAGGGCCCGUCGCGCCGCAGCUCCUCAAGGGCCCGUCGCGCCGCAGCUCCUCAAGGGCCCGUCGCGCCGCAGCUCCUCAAGGGCCCGUCGCGUCGCAGCUCCUCAAGGGCCCGUCGCCCCGCAGCUCCUCAAGAGCCCGUCGCCCCGCAGCUCCUCAAGGGCCCGUCGCCCCGCAGCUCCUCAAGGGCCCGUCGCCCCGCAGCUCCUCAAGGGCCCGUCGCCCCGCAGCUCCUCAAGGGCCCGUCGCCCCGCAGCUCCUCAAGGGCCCGUCGCGCCGCAGCUCCUCAAGGGCCCGUCGCGCCGCAGCUGGACGGCCUCGGGAGCAAAAAUGAGAUAA